AUGGUCAAUCAAAAGAUCGAAGCUGUCAAAACCGAAGUGAACGAUGUGAUAGUCAUAGGAGCAGGACCACAUAGUUUGGCAAUCUGCAGUAGAAUGCUUGAGAAGAACCCUAGUGCAAUUUACACAGAUCUCGAGCAUGCUCGCCUGAGCUGGCUUAACAAGUACAAGAGAUUAAAUUACAAACCGAAAGGCUUCAAGAGAAAGCUCGUAAACAAUCCUAAUGAUAUGGAUGGUCUCUCCGUGCGAGUGUUCGACAAACACGUCAAUCAAGGCUGGAUGCCACAUUGGUAUUGCAUGUUUGAAAAUUUGGAGAUACGUUCACUGCGUUCGCCAAUGUUCUUUCACAGUUCUCCAAGGGAUGUAGACGCAUUGUUAGCAUACGCAUAUAGCAAUGGCAGACAGAAUGAGCUCCAGGAUAUUCCAGGUGUGGUCGGGAAAGAACUCUCGAAACAUGCCAAAAAGCGCCUUGUGAAAACAGGAAAAAGACCAAGUUAUGAGGAUCCGGUCAAUGAAAGAAAUCGCCAAGAUUUUCGUACACCAGGCUCCAAAUGUUUCUUUGAUUUCUGCCGUGAAGAUAUACAACAAUAUUAUGGCAUAGAUAGUCUUGUUCAACAAGCUGACAUUGUUAACCUCGAGUACGACUACUUUGAUGAGAACAUCCCCGACAAAAUUUUCAGACUUACUGGUAAAGAUGGCCGUCAGACUCUCAGCAAAACUGUAGUGAUGGCCAUCGGGAACAAUACAAUAGUUAAUCUGCCAUCAUAUCUCGCCGACAAGGUCAAGCCAACGACUGAACAUGGUGUUGAAGGCGAUGGAUGGUGUCACACUUCUUCAUUCGCCAGACCUGGCUACGAUUUUCCCAACAAGCAUUUACGUGCUAAAAGUGACGCACGCCUAUUAGUCGUAGGAGGAGGUCUAACAUCUGCCCAAAUUAUCGACAAAGCGUACAGAAAUGGUAUAACUAAUAUCACAUUAAUUUGCAGAUCACACCUUAAAAUGAAACCAUUCGAUUUCGACACUGAAUGGGUGGAUAAAUUCCAAAAUCUUUCCAAAAUGAUCUUCUGGCGUGAAGAUUGCAGACAAAUGCGUCACUCUAUGAUAAGUAAAGCACGCAAUGGCGGUAGCGUUAAUGCACCAUACUACAAGCUCCUCAAAGAUCUUGAGAACAAGGGCGUUCUGAAAAUCUUAACUUGCACUGAAAUAACCGAGGCGAAAUACAAUGAUAGUAGAUGGGAUGUGAAGGCUACUACUAAAACAGCUAUGAGGAGUAGACGCACUAGCAAAGAUUCCUCAUUUGGUGAUAUGAAGAUGGAAAACCAUCAACUCAUGUUUGAUUAUAUUGUCAGCGCAACCGGAUCAAAAAUAGAUAUCAAUGAAGUCGACUUUUUAAAGAAAUUCAUGAAAGAGAACCCUAUUGAAACGACAAACGGACUACCUCACAUAACUGAAGACCUCCAGUGGACGUCUGACAUACCCCUCUUCGUUAUGGGUGGUUUUGCAAGCUUAGAAUUAGGGCCAUCGUCUUUCAACCUUGGUGGAAGCCGAGAUGGUGCGGAAAGGAUAGCCAAUCGUAUGAACGAGAUACUAGUGAAACACAACAAAGAAUACGAAAUACGUCAAUCUAAACAUAGCGAAUACAAUGACGAUGACCUUCGUUAUAAAUGGAUGGAACGUCUGGCAUUAAACAAUGGCGGAUACUUCGACCUCCUUACAGAAAGUGACGAAUAA